AUGGAUUGUGAGACUAUGAUUGAACUACCUUUGAUAACUAAGGAGGAAGCAUGGGACUUAUUCAAGAAGCAUGCAAACCUAUGUAAUGAUCCGUCAAAUAUGUUUGGUGAUGUGGGAGAGAAAAUUGUUGAUGAGUGCAAGGGGUUGCCAAUUGCAAUUGUAGUGGUUGGAAGGUCCUUAAGGGGAAAAAAUAUUGAGGCGUGGGAAUCAGCACUAUGGAGACUAAAACACUUCCAACCGUUGAAUGUUGGACAAGGUUUUGCAAGUGCUUAUGCAUGCCUGGAAUUGAGUUAUAGUAAUUUGCCUAGUUCCACAGCCAAGUCGCUCCUCUUAUUAUGCUCUAUGUUUCCUGAAGAUCAUGAAAUCCACAAAGAAGAUUUAAUUCGAUUUGGCAUGAGGACACUUGAACUAGAGGAGUCUAUUGUCACAAUAGAGGAUGCAAGGAGAGUGAUUUUUGAUGCUCUUGAGAUCUUGUUGGAUUCUUCUUUAUUAAUGAGUAUAGAGAAGGAAACAUGUGUAAAAUUGCAUGACUUAGUUCGAGAUGUAGCCUUGUGGAUUGCAAAGAAGCAAGGUCAGGUGAUUUUGGUGGACAGCAGCGAAGUUUCAAACAUUUUGCUUGGCAAUCGCCAAAAUUUGAAAGAUAUAAAAGCACUGUCAUUAUGGGAUUUGGAUGAUAAUUUUAAGCUCUUAGAGCAAUUGCAUUGUUCAACACUAGAGAUUUUGCUACUUCAACCUGACGGGUUUAUUGAAGAUCUGAGAGCAAUAAAAGCACUCAAAGUCUUGGCACUCAUAGAAUAUGGCUUUGAAUGGGGAUUUAGGAAGGGAUCAUCUGUUUGUUCAAUCCCACAAUCAAUUGUGUCUUUAACAUAUCUUCACACCUUAUGUAUUAGAGGGAAAAAGUUGGGUGAUAUCUCUCUAUUGGGUGAACUCAAAACACUGGAGAUUCUUGACUUACGUGGUUCUCUGUUUGAUGAAUUACCUGUUGGAAUUGUAGAUAUGAAAAUGUUGAAACUUUUGGACAUAUAUGAUUGUCGAAUUGAGAAAAGUCCUAUAGAAGUAAUUGGUAGAUGUGAGCAACUUGAAGAAUUAUAUCUUUCGGAACACGAAUCUGUCAUCCCACAUAAUUUCUCUCUUUCAAGAUUGAAGAGGUAUGUUCUCUAUGACUCCACAUGUAGUAUAAUUCGUAUACAUGAAUUUGACCCUGUUCUAGAACAUCUGCAUUGUCGUGGUGAAGACCCUUUUCAAGAAUAUCUGGAUAGUUGUGGUGAAGCAUUAAGAGCCUUAUGCAUACAAGACUUUAGAGUCUCUGCUUUGAAUUCAUCAAUGAAAAAUCUCAUUCUUAGAGCAAAUCACCUUUGGCUGGAAAAUUGUGAAUGGGAUUAUAAAGAUAUAAAUCUUCAAAUAAACCACUUAGGGGUAUCAUGUUGUCAAGAGAAAAAAUUCAUCAUUGAGAAGCGUGAUGUGAACAUUCUUCAAACACAAGUAUUCUCACGCUUGAGCACUUUAAGACUGUUUGAAAUGAAUAGUCUUGAACAAGUGUUUCAAGAUUCAUCUAUUGGCUGCUCACUCCCAAUGUUACAAGAGCUAUGGAUAUGGAGUUGUCCUGAAUUGAGAAUUUGUAUCUUCUCGCAUGCCACCAUUACGAGCCUGCCAAAGCUGAAAAAACUUCAUAUUGACAGCUGUGACAAAGUGAAAUGGCUAGUGUCUUAUUCCCUGGCUUCUUAUUGUCCUUUACUGAAGGAAAUAAUUAUAAGCAAUUGCUCUCAAUUUGAGAAGCUCAUUGAUGAAGAAGCUGCACAUGGGGAUCCACUACUUCAUGAUAAGCAAUAUUAUCCAUAUGGAAAGGAAACUGACAGUGCUUAUGUGGGGGUUAUAGCGAAAAGAUUCAAUCAGUUGCAAAAUGAGCAAUCCUUGAUCCUUUUUCUAAGGUUGGAAAGUCUACAAAUUAAAAGCAGUGGAAAAAAGAAAGGUAUAUUGGAAAUCCAAGACAGAGGAAGAGUAGAAGAUGAUGAUGAAUCUAUUAAAGCCCAAGAACCUCUAAAGCUGGAUUCAGAGUUGAGUGAAUUACUGCCCAAAAUUAAAAAGUAUCUUCACUCCUGCUAUUGUUGCAAGCCUUCCAGAGUGGAGAUAUCUUCAAACGGUAUAUUCAUAAAAAGUUGCUCUGAGUUUGAGGGGGUUAUUGGUGAGGAAGCUGCACAUGGGGAUCCACUACUUCAUGAUAUGCAAGAUCAUCCACAGAAACAUGACAAUGACACAGUGAGGGUGGUAAAGUCAGAAUUGCGUGUUAUAUGGUUAGAAGAUCUACCAAAAUUAGAAUAUAUUUGGAAAGAUCCCAUACAAAUUUUGAGCUUCCAUAGACUUGAAAGCAUUAAACUGUUGGAAUGCCCGAGAUUAAGAAAUAUAUUCACUGUUGCUAUUGUCACAAGCCUUCCAGAGUUGAGGCAACUUGAUGUAAGAGGAUGCAAUGAAUGGGAGGGAAUAUUUUGUGAAGAGUCACUUAAGAAUCUGUCUACUUCUUCCACUAUUUGCUUCCCCAAACUUGAGAGCAUUCUUACAAGGAAUUGCCACAAAGUGAGAAGGGUGUUCUCAUAUUCUCUGGCAUCUCAUUGUCCUUCAUUGAAGAGAAUAACUGUAGAGAAUUGUUAUGAACUGGAGGGGGUUGUUGUUGAAGCUUAUGAAGGUGAAGUAGCUGCUCAUCAUCAUCAAAGGCUGUUUCCUAAACUGAGUGAUUUGGAACUCAUGAAGUUGCCAAAGUUGAGAGAGAUUUAUGAAGGUUAUGAAUUCAACCUCCUUUCUGGUACUAUAACAAUAGAAGAUUGUCCAAACAUAUCAAAAAUCUCAAAAGUCCCAUUAGACAAGCCCUCGUCAUCAGGUUCGUAG